AGAAUCGCGAAAAAGUGUCCAAGGUACAAAAGUUCCUGCUGAAAAGAGCCACUUUUUACGUAAGAAGUAAAUGUUUAAGUGCCUCGUCACAUUUUACAACUUCGUGUACGAUUCGUCUGCAUCUUUUUAACGCUUCGUAAACUUUCAGAGACCUGCCUUGACAGCUCAUUCACAAAAAUACCUGCAGUUCCAGAUCAGUCAUUUACUGCACUUUUCUUUUAGAGAUAUCAGUGUGAUUGUGAUCUUUUUUUUUUGGUUACACAUAUCAGGAUGGCAGAGGCACAGAAAAAGGGAGAGUUGCAGCCUGAAGAUGUUGGGACAGAUGACUGCUUGACCUCAUAUACUCAUAUCUACAGUCCAGAUUUACUCAAGGAUCAGGUAGCUUUUAUAACAGGUGGUGGAUCUGGAAUUGGACUCCGUAUAGCUGAAAUCUUCAUGAGGCAUGGAUGUGACACAGUGAUUGCCAGCAGGAACUUGGACAAGCUCAAAGAGGCAGCUAAAAAGCUUUGCGCUGUGUCAGGGCGCCGGUGUCUCCCUCUUUGUUUGGAUGUACGGCAGCCUGAGAGCAUCACAGCUGCUGUGGAUGAAACACUGAAAGAGUUCGGCCGCAUAGAUAUCCUCAUUAACAAUGCUGCUGGAAACUUCCUCUGCCCAGCUACCUCAUUGUCUUUUAAUGCCUUCAAAACAGUCCUGGAGAUCGACACGAUGGGAACAUUUAACACCAGCAAGGUGGUUUAUGAGAAGUGGUUUAAGGAUCACGGAGGCAACAUUGUGAACAUCUCUGCCACACUUGGAUACAAGGGACAGGCUCUCCAGGUGCAUGCUGGGUCUGCUAAGGCUGCAAAUGAUGCCAUGACCAAGCACCUGGCUGUGGAGUGGGGUCACAGUGGGGUUAGAGUCAACACAGUGGCUCCUGGUCCUAUCUCUGGCACAGAGGGCUACAGAAGACUGGGUGGCCCUAGAGGGGAGGCUGCGGGUGCCUUCCAGUCCAUUCCUUUGCAACGAGCAGGAAACAAGACGGAGAUGGCCCACUGUACUCUUUUCCUGGCCAGUCGAGCGUCUUCAUAUGUGACCGGAGCCAUCCUGGUGGCGGACGGCGGCGCAUGGCUGACCUCACCCAAUGACUUCGCCACGCUGUUGGGCUAUUGGUCACAUGAAAAAGACAAGAGACCGGUAAAAACUGAAAACAAAUGAAUAAUUUAGCAGGUGUGUGGAGCACGUGUGUACAGUGGGUUAUCUCACACACUGCUGCUUUGGGAGUUUUAUGCUGAAUGGAUUAAGGAGUUUAGCAGUAAAACACUACACUUACAUCAGAACAAAACUAUAAUAUGAGUUAACAAUCUUAGUCAUUUUUAAUCCCUACAGUGCUGUUUGUUCUCAUUAUGUGUUCUAUGUACAGCCAUAUGAUGUAUAUGUCAAAAUCUUUCUAAUAAUAAACUUUUAUAAUUACAAUUAAUAAUAAUGGCUCAUGCUUUUUG